AUGGCGGGAGGUUAUUUUGACCUUCCGAUCUCCCGCAGCGCCUCUGAUGAAGGAUCGUCAAGUCUAUCAAGGUCGCGUUCCUUUACAUCAUCACUGCCCAGUGAUAGCUUUCAAGGCCAGCCAGUGUCUCAGGUGCGGAGCUUCAGUGACGGUAGCGCACAGGACAAGUAUCGGAAUGCAGGCAUUCUAAAAAGCGCAAAUCGCGUCAAGCUUACAGCCAGCGAAUUCGAGUGGAGAGAACAGCCUACUGGGUCCAUGGUCGAAUUCCGACUGGAUCAAAGGGGCACCGAGCUGCCGCAAAGACCAUUACCCACUGCCAACAUUCCGGGUUUCCAGGAAAAAGUCCCCUCAAGCUCGCAACUGGUACCACAGGUGGAAGAUGAUCACACUAGCGCGUCAGUAGAUGUUACUGGUUUGACGAUCAACACCCGGACUAAUCCCCUAGGAACUUCAGGAGAUUAUGAACUGGGUCAGAGUGCGCAUGACAAGGGGCGGGCCAUCUGUUUCGCACAUGAAAGGGCCCACAGGCUCGCAUCCCUUCUCAAUUGUUCCCAGAAUUCUCCGAAGCAAAGUCCUCGGUGCAGCCUAGUGUCUUCAAUUGGUACCAACCCGGCUGAAGUGGCGUACAGGACUGAAGAUGGAGAUAAAUUCCCUGUGAUAAGCUUCCCUGAGAAACAACAACUUUUCGACCACUUAAUAGAUGAACAUGAAGCGGACAUCUUAGACGGGCGAUCAACACCGCGCAACUCCGAAGCCCAUUAUCUAGUGCAUCAAAUGUCACCUCGAGACCUGAACUUUCUGACUCGCCCUCGGUCUCCCGGUUUGCACUCCAGUGACCAAGACUCGGCCAGCGAGGACAGGAACUCAUACGAGUCUGCUGAACGGACGACAAAUUACCGCGGAGGCAUUCUUUCAUCGCUGCUCAAACUUUACGACCAGCCUCCUUAUAACCACAACCAAGGCCGAGGACGUUAUGGGCGCUCUCGACAAAAGAGCUCUUCCGAGUUCAGUGGACGCGAAGUGUCCCCGGACUCUGUUUGGAAACCGCAAAGGAAGUGGUACGACAAGUCUAUCGCUCGUUCCAGCAUUUCCAUGGCCGGCUCAUCCCGUCGCUCUGGCUCUCCUUUUUCCAUGCUCACGCGGUCCCGCAGUAGUGGUGCUGCCAUUCCAAGCCUAGGCCGCUCACGUCCCAAGCCUCAGCUUGAGGAUGAAAUUCAUAUCACUGUUCAUAUUGCAGAGCUUCUGUCUCGACAACGAUACUUGAUCCAGCUUUGUCGCGCUUUGAUGAAAUAUGGCGCUCCAACUCAUCGGUUGGAGGAAUAUAUGCGCAUGACAGCUCGUGUCAUCCAGAUAGAUGGCCAGUUUUUGUAUAUACCCGGCUGCAUGAUCAUCUCCUUUGACGAUACCUCCACACAUACAACAGAGGUCAAGGUCGUCCGGUCCAGUCAAGGCAUCGAUCUCGGUAAGCUGGCCGAUGUGCAUGAGAUUUAUAAGGAGGUGAUUCACGAUAUCAUUGGGGUUGAAGAGGCAAUACACCGGCUCGAUGAGGUUAUGAAGAAGCAGAGCAAAUUCCACAUUAUGUUCCUCAUCUUCGCCCACGGCUGUGCUAGCGCAUCAGUUGGGCCCUUUGCCUUCAAUGCUCGACCGGUUGAUAUCCCCGUGGCGUUUCUACUAGGAUGUCUCCUCGGAGUGUUACAAUUGAUCCUGUCAACCAAAUCGAGUUUGUAUUCGAAUGUGUUUGAGAUCUCUGCCGCAGUCCUGACGUCUUUCCUUGCUCGUGCCUUUGGGAGCAUCAAAUUCCAUGGGGAACCUCUGUUCUGCUUUUCUGCCCUCGCACAGUCGGCCAUCGCCCUCAUCCUACCUGGCUACACUGUACUAUGUGCCAGUCUAGAGCUCCAGUCACGCAGUAUAGUUGCGGGCUCUGUUCGCAUGGUCUAUGCUAUCAUAUACUCCCUCUUCCUCGGGUUUGGAAUUACUAUUGGCACUGCCGUUUACGGUCUCCUCGACUCUCAAGCUUCAACAGCGUAUACAUGCCCCGCCAGCCCCAUCCACAAUGAAUACCUGCAGCGGUUUCCGUUUGUGAUCCUAUUCACUGUGUGUCUGGCAAUCGUCAACCGCGCCAAGUGGAAACAAAUGCCGAUUAUGAUAGUAAUUUCUCUGGCUGGCUACGUGACCAACUACUUCAGCGCCAAACGCUUCUAUUCCAACACCCAGGUGUCCAAUGCUUUGGGUGCGUUUGUCAUUGGAGUAAUGGGAAAUUUCUACAGCCGGCUACGGCAUGGCCUCGCCGCUGCGGCAAUGCUGCCGGCAAUCUUUGUCCUUGUUCCUUCUGGUCUUGCGGCCAGUGGGUCUCUGAUAUCUGGCAUUACUUCUGCGGAGGAAAUGACCCGAUCUCCAUAUGCGGUUGUGAACAAUGGAACACAAGGAUUCGUCGACGCGGCAAAGAAGCUAUCAGCAGACGAGGCCAGAAACCAAAGCUAUGGGGUCGUUUUCGAUAUCGGAUAUGGCAUGGUCCAAGUUGCCAUUGGAACGACAGUUGGUCUCUUCCUAGCCGCCUUGGUGGUUUAUCCACUAGGCAAGAAGCGAAGCGGACUGUUUAGCUUCUAA